AAAAAGUCUAUAUCCAAUAGCAGAAUAUCGCCAUUAAAUUUUUUCUCAUAGGAGAGACAACAAACCUCUCAAUGAGGGCCUUACACUUACACACAACAGCAACAGUCUUAACCCCAAAAUUACCAAUCUGCCACUACCCUUCUCUUCUCUCCCCCAAACCUCAACCAUUUCUCAAGAGCAAAACUUCAAAUACACACAUAAAAAUAGCUAUACAAUCAAAACCCACAAUGAUAAUUGCAUCAUCAAUGGCGGACGACAGAAUACAGACCGACAAACCAUUUUCUGUGCUGUUUGUCUGCCUCGGAAACAUCUGCAGAAGCCCAGCUGCUGAAGGUGUCUUCAGGCAUCUUGUUAAGGAUAAGGGUCUCGAUUCUAAGUUCUACAUUGACUCUGCUGGCACGAUUAAUUACCAUGAGGGUGAUCAAGCGGAUCCAAGAAUGAGGGCAGCUUCCAAAAGGCGUGGAAUUGAGAUAACUUCACUGUCAAGGCCAAUAAGGCCGUCCGAUUUCAGGGACUUUGAUCUUAUUCUGGCAAUGGAUAGGAAAAAUAGAGAGGAUAUACUGGAUGCAUUUGAGAGGUGGAGGCACAAAGAACCCUUGCCUGCCAAUGCAGAUAAGAAGGUCCAGUUAAUGUGCUCUUACUGCAAGAAGCAUGAUGAAACUGAGGUGCCCGACCCCUAUUAUGGCGGACCCAAAGGUUUCGAGAAGGUCCUGGAUUUACUUGAAGACGCAUGCGAGUCGUUAUUGGAGAAUAUUGUGGCUGAGAAGCUGUAGUAUUUCGACUUCUUGCCAAAUCUGUAUUUUGAUGAACAGAACGGAACACUUUGAAGGAAACAUUUCCCCAUUACGUUAUUCCUCUACCCUGAAGACCAACCCUCAACAUUUAUAUUCUCUUGAAGCUUAAAAUUAUUGGGAAUUUAGAAGCGUUUAUCAGACUUCCAAACAUACACUUAUAUUCUCUUGAAGCUUAAAAUUAUUGGUAAUUUAGAAUCGUUUAACUUCAAACUUUCAAAUAUGCAC